UAAGUAUAUCAGAAGUCUGCUGAGUCCGAACAAUGUAGGAUGUUGCAAUACAGCUGCAGGGGAACAAUUGUUUUAGAGCUGAUCUGUUCCAGAUAGUUUACCAGUAAGUACUCAUACAUGCAACAGCAAUACUAUUUAUUUGUUAAAUUAAAUCAUACAUUUAAAAGUGUUCCUGCUCUGCUAAAAUUUGCUGUCAAAAGCUCCAAACCAAACAAAAGACUGACCACCACACAGCUUGAGCUCAUUUCCAAGGAACCAAACAGAGUAUUCCAGAAGACUUUUGUUCGACCAGCAGAAAAAAAAAAAGAAAACCUCCCCUCUUCUCUUAAAGAAGAAGAGGAGGCACUUACAAAAAGUGAACAAGAGUAUGCAGAGCAGUCUUGCAACACAGUUUACUGCUGGAAAGGGAACAGGCAAGCUUUUCAUUUUACAGCCCUUGCAUAUAUGGGAGCAGAUAUGUCUCUGAGCACUAUUGUUGUGGCCAUCCUGGUUUUCCUGACCAUACAUGAAGGUAGCGCUGUGAGAGAUCAAGUGGUGAAUCUGCGCUGCCGUUGCAUUACCAAGGAAAGGAAGCCCAUCGGCCGUCACAUAUUGGUAUUGGAGGUGCAUCCUGCGAGCUCUCACUGUGCAGAAGUUCAAAUCAUAGCAACUCUUAAGAAAGACAAGCGAAAGGUUUGCCUGGAUCCAGAGGCUCCAUGGGUCAUAAGAGUGUUAAAGAACAGGCGUGAAAAGCAGAAACUCCAACAACAAACCGCCAAAGCAUAGAUUUUUAUCAUGGAAGCUUCGAAUGUAAACAGCAAUAAAGUUUGCUGUCUGAAGGGAGAAAUAUUCUGCAAGAACUGACUGGCAAGAGAAUGGAUACCGGGAAAAGAAAUCUUUUCCGAGAAAGUAUUACAUAUUAUUACCAGUAUCUUUAGAAAGCUGUUUUUGUAAAUAAUUAAAUUCAUAACUCUAAUGUGAGUCAGAUAUAAGAAUAUUUUAAACUUGUUCAUAUGCAAAGUUAUUUUCCUCUUCAUAUUUUUUUUCUUGUGAACUUGGUUUCUACUUUUGAUGUACAUGUGUAAGUGUUUAUUUUUCUCAUCAAAUGUAUCUAAAGAAUAAUUGUGAAUAAACAGAUUUUUUUUUUUUACUCUGAUAAAAAGCUGUAUUUUUUUUU